ACACGCGAGUCGCACUUGCCAAUUACCACGAUCAUGACGACCCUGCAUUACACGCCCACCAGUCCAGAAGUGGGUGUGUAUCUGUUCAUUGGCGAACGCGGACUACUCUCCUCGACCCUUCGUGGUUCAUUCUCUGUCCCGCAUGACAUUUUGGAAGUACUUCAAGAGGGGAAGAUCGACGUUGUGUCGACCUGGGAGAAAGCUCGCGACAAACGUGUUCAAUAUGUUGUAGCGCAUUUGGCCAAGGAGCGGAGCAGAAACAUGGGGUUCGUGAGAUCUGAUUUGGUUCACGAGAUUGUCGCGGCACAGACACCGAAAGAGGGCGAUGUAAAGAUUACUUUGGUACUUGAAUCUGGAGAGCAAGUAUUUCCUGCAGCGUGUGCGGUGGCCAGAGCCUUCCCUCUCUACUCCCGUAAAGCCAGCGUCGCCAAACUCAAGCCCCGGAAUGUUUAUGUGGAUUUCACAGUACCCGGUGGAGUGGAGGACGCAACAUAUAAACGAUUGAAUGUUGUCACCAAUGCCAUCCGCACAGCUGCGAGAUUGGUUGAUACCCCUUGCGGAGAUCUGAACGUUACCACUUAUGUAUCUGAGAUUCGUUCCCUGGUGUCUCCUUUCCCAUCCGUUACAACCACUGUCAUCAGUGGGGAGGAGCUGCAGCAAAAGGGACUGAACGGAGUUUACUCUGUCGGCAAAGCAGCCGUGAACCCUCCUGCUCUUGUCAUUCUUACGCAUACGCCAAAGACCGCUACAAUCGCAGCACGUCCAGUGUUUGUUGGUAAAGGCAUUGUAUACGAUACCGGCGGUUUGAGUCUCAAAUCUGGCCCGGGUAUGGUGGGGAUGAAGGAAGACAUGGCUGGCAGUGCAGCGUGUUUAGGGGCCUUUUUGACCGCGGUAGAACUCGGUCAUGAAGGUACUUUCAGCGUUGUGCUUUGUCUAGCAGAGAACGCAAUUGGGUCAAGAGCGCAGAGACCCGACGAUAUCAUUCCCAUGUUGUCUGGUAAAACGGUCGAGGUAAACAAUACCGACGCGGAGGGGCGGUUGGUCCUUGGAGAUGGGGUCGCAUACGCGACAAAGUAUCUUGAUCCAACUCACGUUGUCGAUAUUGCGACAUUGACUGGGGCUCAACUGAUCACGACGGGCAAGAAGCACGCGGGUGUCUUAUCCCGCAACGCCGAUUUCGAAAAGAUCGUUUUGGACGCUGGACAAAAAACCGGAGAUUGGUGUUUCCCGCUAUUGUAUGCGCCAGAGAUUCUAAAAAAGGAGUUUGAUAGUAAAAUUGCCGACAUGCGGAACAGUGUGGCGGAUCGGAUGAAUGCCCAAUCGUCUUGUGCUGGGCAUUUCAUUGAGGAGCAUCUUGCAGCGGAAUGGGACGGUCGUUGGGCGCAUGUCGAUAUGGCUGGGCCGGGUGCAAAAGAUCAACGUGCAACUGGAUUUGGUGUCGCCUUAUUGGUCGGUAUCUUGGACGAGAUCAAAAAGAACUAAACUUGUGUAUACAUGUCUGGACACUUUGGACGAGGAGGACAUGUGUGCUUCCUUGAUAAAGUAAAAACUGAAAUAUAUAUCUUUCUUGACUUUAUAUUGAAUCAA